ACUUUAUUUUGUAUUGUACUUUUACCUCCACUAUAUUUAUCUGAUGAAUUUAGUAACAGAUUACACUACAUCAGAGCCAAAUGAGGACAUUUAAAAAAAAUAAUGUAUUUUAUCACUUCUCAGAUUAAAAGAUACUUGUAACAGUUCAUGUUGUUUCCUGCAUUUCCCCUGUGAUGGAAUGUAACUAACUAUAUCUACUAAAAUACAGUAUGUAAGUUACAGUAUAAGGUACAUAUACUGGCACUUUACUCCCACUUUAUUACAUUUUGUAGGCAGACAUUGUAUUUUUUCCUUCACUACAUUUAUCUUACAGUACAUCAGAGCCAAAGGAGGAAGUGUUUAAAUCAAUUCAUUUUAUCACCACUCAGAUUAAACAAACAAUGACUCUGAUGAUUAAAAUAAAUAGGCUGACCCCUGGUAUACAGUACAGACAUACAUGUAGAAAUACUGUGUGUUUAAUUCACUUUUACUUUUGAUGAUGAAGUGCAUUAAAUGCCACACAAUUACUCUGCGUACUUAAGUAUAUUUAAUAUCAGACACUAAGAGUUUUACUCAAGUACUGUUGGUAUGAUGGCCUCUCACUGUGACCACAGUAAGACUUUAACAUGACGUGUUUACUUUGAAUCCAGUGGGACUUUCCAGCAGUGCGUCUGCUCCUCUUCAGUAAAGCUGCUGAGAGGCUCCAUGUGAAACAUCCUGGUUGUGCUGCUCAAUCAAAUGUGUUGGCUUUGUCCUCAUUAGUCCUGCUGUCAGUGCUGGACCAUGACACACACACACACACACACACACACUCCCAGUCUGUCUCCCUCUGUGGAGGAGAGUGUCGGUAGGGGUCGCUACUGUCCGUGUAAAGCAGCAGAUGGAGCAGUGACAGAGUCUCCAGCUCUUGUGUUCAUCAGCACCGUUCACACCGGGAUUUCUUCCUCCGCUCGGCUUCAUUUGCAGCUUUCUCUUCUGGAAAUUAGCCGCUGGAGACGGAGCUCGGUCGGGAAGAGCGCGGAGCUUUUGCAGCUGAUUAAAGGACACCAUGCUUUCCUUCUGGAUACACACCGUGUGGAUCCCCGGCGUCGCUCUCCUCUUUGGAUUUCAAGGAUUCCCCGUCCGGAGUGUGGAUAUGCAGCGGGCCACCGACAACAUCACCAUCCGCCAGGGCGACACAGCGAUCAUAAGGUGUUACGUUGAUGACAAAGUGUCCAGGGUGGCGUGGCUCAAUCGAUCCAACAUCAUCUUCGCUGGCCAGGACAAGUGGUCCUUGGACCCCAGAGUAGAUCUGGUCACUAAAGGACAGCUGGAGUACAGCCUGCGCAUUCAAAAGGUGGAUGUGUAUGACGAGGGGUCGUACACCUGCUCCAUACAGACCAAGCAGCAGCCCAAGACCUCACAGGUCUACCUCAUUGUACAAGUUCCACCCAACAUCUACAAGGUGUCAGAAGACAUCACAGUGAACGAGGGCAGCAAUGUGACACUCAGCUGCUUGGCCAGUGGCAGGCCGGACCCUGCAAUCACCUGGCGGCUGCUCAACCCCUCAGCAGACCCGUUGGACGGAGAAGAGUACCUGGACAUUAUAGGCAUCAUGCGAAACCAAGCGGGUCGUUACGAAUGCAAAGCCAGCAAUGAUGUCAAGUCUGAUGUCAAAUACGUCAACGUGGUUGUCAACUAUCCUCCAACAAUAAAGAAGACCCAGAGUUCAGAGACUCAAGUGGGCCGCAUGGGGACACUGCAGUGUGACGCCACCGCUGUGCCCACACCAGAGUUUGAGUGGUACAGAGACGACAAAAGGCUGUCUAAUUCCCAGGGCAUCAACAUCCAGAUUUCUGGCACUACCGCCAUUCUCGUGAUAGCCAACGUCACCGAAGAGGAUUAUGGGAAUUACACCUGUGUGGCCUCGAACCGACUGGGCGUCCAGAAUGCCAGUCUUUUCCUCUAUAGACCCGGGACAGGUCGAGAUAUCAACGGCUCUGCCGGUGUAUCUCAAUCACUGUGGCUCCUGCUGGCCAGCUUCGCCUGCCUUUUCUUCAAGUGUUAAUACAGCUGCCCUCCUCCUCCUCCUUCUCCUCCUCCUCCUCCUCCUCUUCUUCUUCUUCUCCCCUCCUCCUGGCCUUCCCUCCUUCCUCCACCUCCUUGUCUCCAACUCACCGACCAUCCUUAUUGCUACCUUAUUACCAACUUGACCCCCCCGACCACCACCACCACCACCACCACCAUCCAGACUGUUUGCAUCAUGAUACGAAAACCUUACGUGCUCUCGAGCACCGCUUACAGAUAUUGCGAAAAAGUGAUGGGUUAUGAGUAAAAAUGUUAUAGGUACAACACAAAGAAACAGUGAACUGAGGGACAGAACACAAGCAAACAGUGCUUCUUUUCAAGAAUGGCAUUGUUUCUUCUCAAUUCAUAUGCACUUCUUUGUUUCCGCUAUAUCUUGUCUUCGGGGUCUGGAUCGGGUUUGGGAUUUUUCUUGCAUCUUUUUGUCAUCAUGGGAAUGAAAGCAGAGGCAGCCCCGCUCACAGGGGUGCCAAACAAUCAAUUGUCUCUAGAAGUACUGAAGACAUAAGGUAUAUUCCUUCUUAUGCCCAUAGAUGCAUUAUUUUAACUUUAAAAUAAUCUUUUGUUUUGAUUUAACCGAGUGUUUAACCAGUGCAUUUAUGAGCAACAUGCAAAGUAUCUGCCAAAUAUCCAUAUUUAUAGAUCUGAGACUAACACACACAAACAAAUCAAAAGGGAAAAAUACAGCAGUGUGAUUCUGUAAUGAGAUCAGAGCCUGAUAUUAAACUAUGUUCUAUUAAUAAGCUGAUGCUACUAGACUGAAACAAAGAUUAAGAGUAUUAGAUGGAUAUCUCCCGCAAUCAAUGACAUCGUUUCCGGAUGCAGCAGCUGCUUGGGUUGUCGCCGUCGAGCCCAGAAAUCCAGGAGUGACGCAGUGAAUAGAAUCUUGACGUGUAACCACGCCUACACCCCAUCAUUCAGUGGCUUUGCAGCCACGCGCCUUUACUCCAGAAAACCAACUCCUCUUUUGUUUUGCAGCAGGAAAAGAAACACAGUAAGGUCACGAUAAUGAAGCGUACUGUACAUAGUAAAACAUUUUGUAUUUCUCUACAAUAUAAGACGAAAUUGGGGGGGGGGGGGGGGGGGUUGGUUGCAGCGUGCAUCGCCACCAUACUGUGCAGCUUGUCUCUGCUCCACAGCAGGCUGCACCCUUAGCCACAGUACACACAGUAUACUGUACCGUAUACAGACAUUCGCUUUUCUUUUUAGUUUCCGAGGUUUAGGAUCAUUCUUCGAUACUGCUGGAAUUUGGAUAAAAAUGUAUGACACCAAUGAAUGACUUUUUUUUUUUUCUCUCUCUCUCUUUCAAAGAAGUAUGUGUGUUUUAAUAUGAAACGAUACGGAAAAAUACAUGCUAUAUUGAUAUUGAGGUUAAUUUGUUUUGUUUCUGUCUUUACCUCAUUCAUAUUAGAUGUGUGUGUAUAUAUACUUGAAUCCAAUGUCCUUAUACUAUAUGAAAAGGCAAAUCCUAUGUGUCCAUGUGUCUGAGUAGGGUAGCAACUUGUUGAGGAUGAGUAACUCGUAGAUCUCUCGAAGAUACCGGCAACCCUGCUCGUCAUGUGAACUGAGGCCCAUUAGACAACGAUGUUGGUGAAAAGAACAAAAGCUCUGGCAUUAAAAGAAGAUAGUUCUGUGCAGUUAUUAUUGCACCUAUCCUUGAGAUGAUACAAAAGCGCCGGCUUACGUGAAGAACCGGAGAGAUUAUGUUUAACUUGUUAAGCUCCACCAACACAAUGUGGAGGGGUAAAAGAAUAUUGAAUGCUUGUUUCCCUCAGUGGUCAGCAAAGGCCACCGCUGAUGGGCUUCUGUAACAGAAUAACACAUUAAAUGACGCGUCCCACAGCUCAUCUUCUCGUCACGCCGACGCUUCUUUUUCUUUGUGAACAAAAUGGUUAAAUGGAGACCACGUGUGUCAUAUUUUGUAAAAAAAAAAAAAAAAAGAAAGAAAGAAAAGAAAAGAAAAAAAAACCUCACAAGAAGAAGAUCUUUCGUGCAGUGCAGCUCUUUCAGGAAACAGCUCAGAGGUCAGAUGCCGAGCCGUGAUGAGAAUUGCUGAAACUGGUGCACUAUUCUUUUUUUUUUUCUGCCAUUCAUUUCAACCAAGGUGACUAAUAGCGCGUGGACUCCAGCGCCCAGCUCAGCCCUCUCCACCCCUGGAUGUGCGCGCGUGUCUCCGCUCUUCUAAACAACCAAGCCGGAAUAGUACCAGUACUGUAAAACACACGUGUAAAUUAAUGUCAUCCUUUGUCAUGCAUUAAAGACAUUGUUCCCAGUGUUUUCAUUGUAAAUGCUUCUGAGGCCGUGGCCGUGUGACUUUGUGAUGUCACGUGGGGUAGAGCUGUACCAGAGACUUGAUAGAGGAUGCUGCUCCAAUGAAAGCUGAAGCAUUUAAAAUAGUUUAAAAGCAGCAUUUCUGUCGCAGCAUUCACAGUAUCUUCCAGUCAGAUGUCUCCGUCUGGGAAGUGUCGAGAAAGCAGCUUGUUUUUAACGCUUCCAUCCUCUGUGCUUUGCUUUUUUUGUUGUUUUUUUUUCUACAACUGAACAAAUCCGGUGUGUCUGCUUUAACGCGGACGAACUUGACUCCUGAAGCUUUUCUACAACAUCAGUGUUUCUGCUUUUUUGCCCAUAUUGAGGACGCUAGCCUGUCUGCGGCGACCGCCUUCUUGCCGUGGUGAGAAGCGAGCGAUCUGGAACCCGUGAUGAAAUUGUUCUUCAUGAUGCAUGAGAGUGAUCUGUGCUUACACGUCUAUUUCAGUACUUCCGUCUGUCUCGCGAUGUGUCGCGUAUUAAAAAAAGAAGAAAAAAAAAAAACCUCAGGGCAGAGCUAGGCUGGCCUUGGGCAGACUCUCAGACAAAACUUUUUCUCGUUUUUUGGGUUUUUUUUUUUUUUUGCCGGAGGAGACCCCAAGAGACUACCAAGAGCAGGGUCAGAUAUCUCCGAGGUCGUGUGCGGUACUUACUUUAACCUGCGUGGGCUGCAUGAUGGGUAGAGGUAGCGUGAGGAAUCCCGUUUGAAGGAUGCGCCUGUAAGCUGGCUAUCAUUGAAUCUUGAAUUCAGGUGAAUUUUUUUUUUUUUUUUUUCCUCACCGACAUGUGUCCAUGCAGGUUAAAAACAGCCAAUGAGCACUGACUGAUAGAUACUUAGACCACCUAUGUAAAAGCCAUGCAGCUCUGUCUCAUCCAUAAAGCUGACAGGAAUAAGGAAGUAUUGUCCUUCCAUUGCUCAUAGAGACCAACAGCCAGCCUACGGACACAGCAGCGCCCCCCGUCCCUCCCUUGUAGACAGACUUGGAUAUCUACUGAAGACUGUAGAGACAGCUUUCUAGUUUACUAUUGAGCAUAGCCUCAAAACAUCCCCAUCGCUUCACUGUUGGCUUACGUAUGUGCGCGUGUGUGCUCUGAUUCUGAUUCUUUUCCGUUGUUAUUACGACCCGAGAAGCCAACACCAGGCGUGAGUUAGCCGAGAGCUAGCUCUUCUAUUUUUUUUUUUUUUUUCCCGCUGACGGUUACAGUAGUAACCCUCUAAUUUUAGGUUAAGAUUUUCUUUCUUUCUUUCCUUUCCUCCUCUGUGUGUAUAUAUAGUAUGAUGUUUCUACAGUAGAAUGUUGUAAAAGUCAGCAAAUCCAUGGGAUCGUGUUUAUACAACUCCACAUUUAAAGAUUUAAAGAGAAAAUGUAACUAUCACGUUUAUACGUCCCUUCCCCUUCUCGCGGGGAAAUGGAGAUUCCAGUCAUGGAUUAUGACAAAGAAAUGUCCCAUUUUGUUUUCUUUCUUUUCUUUUUUUUUCUAUUUUAUUUUACUUUAUUAUGGCAUAAGGUGAUUGCAGUCAGUUUCUAAAAAAAAUAAAGAAAGAAAAACAUGCUAUGUAAUAAAGGUAUAUGAGAAAAUGUUCAUAACACAAAAUAAAGUUGUUUGGAUUUAAUGUUCUGUAUUUGAAUGUGACUUGAGCUGUCGGGGCAGUAACCUCUUUUCUUUGGAGAUAGCUUGGAACACACGGAAUCCUAAUGAUGGUACUGUCGUGUUUAUCACCAUGUAACAUGCAAAUAAAAAUAAUAUAUGUAUU